GUUUAAACUAGGGAGGCUGUGUAAAACAUUAUAAACCUCAUGGCCGACACCGAGGGCAAGUUCUGCUUCGCCAUCGACCGUGGCGGAACCUUCACCGACGUGUUCGCUCGCCUGCCGGACGGUGAGGAACGGGCGAUGAAGCUCCUCUCGCGGGACCCACAGAACUACGAAGACGCCCCGACCGAAGGGAUCCGGCGAAUACUGGAACAGGCGACGGGAGGGAGUUUCCCACGUGAUCGGCCGGUGGACUCGUCUCUGAUCGGAUGGAUCCGGAUGGGCACCACGGUGGCGACCAAUGCGCUGCUGGAGCGCCGGGGGGAGAGGAUGGCGCUCGCCGUGACGCGGGGCUUCAGGGACCUACUGCACAUCGGCACACAGGCCCGACCCGACCUGUUCGACCUGGAAGUGCGUGUACCUGACGUGUUGUACGAGGAGGUGAUUGAAGUGGACGAGAGAGUCGUCCUCCAACAAGAAGCCUGCCGACUGCCCAGCAAGGAUCACGAACGCAUCAUAACGGGAACUACAGGGGAGCGUUUGGAAGUGUGGCGCGAGCUGGACCUGCAGAGUGUGGAACGAGAUCUGAAAGCCGUUCUGUCUCGGGGAAUCACCAGCGUCGCCGUGCUGCUGCUUCACUCCUACAUUUACCCGGAUCAUGAGCGUGCGGUUGGCGCGCUGGCUCGGCGGCUCGGCUUCACCCAGGUCUCUCUAUCCAGCGAGGCGAUGCCCAUGAUCAGAGCCGUGCCGCGUGGCUAUACAGUCUGUGUGGAUGCCUAUCUCACACCAAAAAUACACCAGUACCUCAACGCCUUCACCUCCGGCUUCAACGGAGGACUCGAAGACGUGGACGUGCUGUUCAUGCAGUCGGACGGCGGUUUGACUCCCAUGGAUCGGUUCUGCGGCUCUCGCGCGGUUCUGUCCGGCCCUGCCGGGGGCGUCGUGGGCUACGCCGUCACCUCCUACACGGACGCGCAGCGCACGCCCAUCAUCGGCUUCGACAUGGGAGGUACGUCCACAGAUGUGAGUCGCUACGCCGGUCAGUACGAACACGUGUUCGAGUCCACGACGGCCGGGGUCACGCUGCAAGCUCCUCAGCUGGACAUCAACACUGUGGCAGCGGGAGGCGGAUCCUGUCUUUUCUUUAGGUCGGGGAUGUUCGUUGUGGGUCCUGAAUCUGCUGGUGCUCAUCCUGGACCUGCCUGCUACAGGAAAGGAGGCCCCCUCACGGUCACUGAUGCUAAUUUAGCGCUCGGACGUCUGCUGCCUUCCUUCUUCCCUCACAUCUUCGGCCCUGAAGAGAACGAGCCGCUGUCCACGGAGGAGACCGUGAGACCUUUCAGACGGCUCACCACUGAGAUCAAUCACUUCCUUUCUAGCAGCCAGUCACAGUGUGAUGAUAAUGGAGUGAGCCAAUCAAACAGUAGCAUUCCCAGAAAAGACGAUUCAGAGAUGACCGUGGAGGACGUGGCUAUGGGGUUCAUCCGAGUUGCGAAUGAGGCCAUGUGCCGACCAAUCAGAGCGCUGACGCAGGCGAAGGGUCACGAUACAUCUCAGCACAUGCUGGCGUGUUUUGGAGGAGCAGGAGGGCAACACGCGUGUGCCAUUGCACGAACACUGGGCAUGAAAUCCGUCUUCAUACACAAGUACAGCGGCGUGUUAUCAGCGUACGGUUUGGCUCUAGCGGACGUGGUGGAGGAGGUUCAGGAGCCGUGCGCCCUGCAGUACAACACACACUCCUACUCCGAGCUGGACCUCAGAAUCCAGCAGCUCUCGCAGCGCUGCCACGAUACACUGCACAGGCGUGGAUACACCAGUUCUCAGAUCAGUCUGGAGGUUUUCCUAAACAUGCGUUACGAGGGAACCGACUGCGCGCUCAUGAUCGGCUCCGCCGAAUCCCCCGCUCACUCGCAGUCCUGCGGCGCCGGGGACUUCCGCACCUCCUUCACCGAACGGUACAUGAAGGAGUUUGGCUUCACCAUCGACGACAGGCCCAUGACGGUGGACGACAUACGUGUUCGCGGAUCCGGAAAGUCGGGGAUCGGGUCGAAAUCCGCUGCCAAAACGGUGAAUCGGGCGCCCACACCUGCGCAGAUGACCAAGUGUUUCUUUGAGGAUAAAUAUCUGGACACGAGCGUGUACAUGUGGGAAGAUCUGUCAUGUGACCACAGCGUUGACGGUCCAGCAAUCAUCAUAGACAAAAACAGCACCAUCCUGGUUGAACCGGCUUGUUCGGCCCGACUGACCGAGAGUGGAGACGUGUGUCUGGACGUGGGAACAGACAGCAGGUGUGCGCUGGGGACCGAACUGAACGCGGUACAGCUGUCCAUCUUCUCCCAUCGCUUCAUGAGCAUCGCAGAGCAGAUGGGGCGUGUCCUACAAAGAACGUCCAUCUCCACGAACAUUAAGGAGCGACUGGACUUCUCGUGUGCCGUAUUCGGACCCGACGGUGGUCUGGUGUCUAACGCGCCUCACAUUCCCGUUCACCUUGGUGCCAUGCAGGAGACCGUACAGUACCAGUUAAAGGCUUUAGGAAGCAGCCUGAUGGAGGGAGAUGUGAUUUUGAGUAAUCACCCAUGUGCCGGUGGAAGCCACCUUCCAGACCUCACUGUCAUUACACCGGUGUUUCGGCGUGGCGUGAGCGCGCCAGUGUUUUUUGUGGCCAGCAGGGGUCAUCAUGCCGAUAUAGGCGGCAUCACUCCGGGCUCGAUGCCCCCGCAUUCUACCUCUUUGCAGCAGGAGGGGGCAGUCUUUACCUCCUUCAAACUCGUCACAGGGGGAGUCUUCCAAGAGAAGGCGGUCACAGAGGCCCUCCUGGCUCCUGGUCGUUACCCAGGAUGCUCUGGGACGCGGAAUCUUCACGACAACCUGUCCGAUCUGAGAGCUCAGGUGGCAGCCAAUCAGAGAGGGAGUCAGCUGGUGGGAGAGCUGAUUGAUGUUUACGGAUUGGAGGUGGUCCAGGCGUACAUGGGUUAUAUUCAGAGUAAUGCAGAGCUAGCUGUACGAGACAUGCUGAAGGAGUUUGCGAAGCGCAGACGCGAGCAGAGCGGCCUGCUGGAGGCCACGGCUGAAGAUCAGAUGGACGAUGGGACGCCCAUCAAGCUAAAAGUGAAGAUAGACGAACAGGAAGGCAGCGCAGUGUUUGAUUUCUCAGGAACAGGUCCCGAAGUUUGGGGGAACUGUAACGCCCCUCGCUCCAUCACCCUCUCCGCCCUCAUCUACUGCUUACGCUGCAUGGUGGGACAGAGCAUCCCACUCAACCAGGGCUGUCUGACCCCCAUUAAGGUCAUAAUUCCUCCCGGGUCGAUUCUGCAGCCGUCCCAGGACGCCGCGGUGGUCGGGGGAAACGUCCUGACCUCCCAGCGUGUGGUGGACGUCAUCUUCCGAGCGUUCGAAGUGUGCGCCGCCUCGCAGGGCUGUAUGAACAACGUCACGUUCGGCAGUGACCGGUGCGGUUACUACGAGACCGUGGGCGGUGGAGCCGGGGCCGGGCCGGGAUGGAACGGGCGGAGCGGAGUCCACAGUCACAUGACCAACACGCGCAUCACCGACCCCGAGAUCCUGGAAAAGAGGUAUCCGGUGGUGCUGGAGCAGUUCUCUCUGCGUCCUGGUUCUGGAGGUGGGGGACGUUACCAGGGGGGUGACGGGGUGAUCCGGAAACUUCUCUUCCGAGAUAAAGUGAUCCUGUCGGUGCUGACGGAGAGACGCGCAACACGACCGUACGGUUUACACGGAGGACAGAGUGGAUCAGCUGGACUGAAUCUUCUCCACCGCGCUGAUGGACGACUUUUAAACCUUGGAGCCAAGACCUCAGUGAGCCUUGAACCUGGGGACCGGUUUGUUCUCCACUCUCCCGGAGGAGGAGGAUACGGAAACGAGGAUGAGGAGGAGAAGCAUCCGCCGUCCACCAAACGUCAGUGCACCGGUCAGGUCUUCACCGAGAGGGGGAGUGUGUACGAGUACCGCCGAGCUCAGGAGAGUGUAUGAUCACAGACUGAACUGACCCCCCCCCCUCCUUCCCUCCACAGCUACAUACACAUACAAACGCUGGGUGCUAUGAAUUAGGAAAACCUCCAGGUACCUCAAAGAUCAGCUUUACUCUCUGGGACUCCUGAUCACAGCUGACUUGGGGUUAGACUUAACACUUGGAUGCUUAGGAAACUUCUUAAUUAUAUCAGUAUAUAGUAUAAUAUCAAACUCAUUCACCUUUUAUCCUGGUCAGGGUCUUGGUUGGUCCAGUGCCACCCCAAGACACUGGGUGCAAGGCGGGAAUACACCCUUGGCAGGGGCUUAUGAGAAGUUUUUUACAGCCAGGAUGACCUAAAUCAUGCAGGAGGUGGAUUGGCUAGCCUAGGUGUAAAGAUACUGUUCCCACUGCAAUCCUGACCGGGACGAAGUGAGGAACGCAGAGCCGGACGUACACCCUGGCUAGGGUUCCGGUCUAUGGCGUAUGGAGAACAUGCCAAAGUCCUUGCAGGCCAGGAUGACCUAACGCAUGACUUGCCCAGGUGUAAUAACUGUGUGGUGCCUGACCCACUGCGAUCUUGACCAGGAUGAAGCGAGGAACGCGGGGCAGGGUGCCGGUCUAUUGCAGGAUGGAAGUUAAUCAGAGUAUUCAGGGAAGAAAAAGCAUCCUGGCAUGGGGAGAACAUGUCAAAGUCCUUGCAGGCAUUGAUGGGAGACGGGGAUGGAACCCAGAUCCUCAGGACUCAUGUCGAUGUGCAGCACUCUAUUAGCCUUAAUGCACCAAACGUUAUUACUUUACGUGCAUCUACGUUUCCAGUCUGACACUGGUCAGGGUCACAGUGGGUCAAGUAGUCCUAAAAAAGCCAAUGCACCUACUGGCAUGUUUUCUAAGGGUGCUAUAAACUUUGAUUAUGUUGGGAAAAGGGAUCAAAUAAAAAAACUGCAUUUAAUCUAUUUAAUAAUAAACAGUUUAUGAGUGGAUGCUGCACAGCACCAGGGACCUGGAAACCUGGGUUCGAAUCCUAUGUGUAUAUGUAUAUUUAUAUAUAUAUAUAAGGAAUUUUUAGUUAGGAAUUUGGCAUGUUCUCACCAUGCCUCCUGCUGAUUUCCUCUAGGUUCCUACGUUUCUACCCAACUUCCCCCAAACUACUUGUAGGUGGAGUUAUAAUCAUUAAUAAUCACGUCAUCCUUGUCAGGGUCACGGUGGGUCAGGAGUCCAGGAGUGGGUCAGUUAAAGCAGCCAAUCCACCUGCAUCUUUGGGAGGUAGGAGGUAACUAAAGCACCUGGAGAUCUGCAGUAGAUCUCGUUUAUAUUUUCAGAAUUUAGCAGACGCCUUGAGGGCCUUGCUCAAGGGCCCAGCAGCAGCAACCUGGCAGUAGUGGGACUUGAACCAGCGACCUUCUGAUUACUAGUCCUGUACCUUAACCACCAGGCUACAACUGCCUCAUUUAACUAUCUGAAACAGAAACGAAUGUCUUUCUAACAAAACCAUUAAAUUUUGGGACGCAACUGUGCAUGCCGGGGUUUCUUCUUACUGUUCAGCAUCUACUGUACAUUUGGACCCGUUUCGGGGGGGGGGGGCCUGCGCUUAUCAGGAGCCUCCUGCCGAGGUGAAUCGUCUUGUUCUCAUCACACUCAGGAAUCCAUGAGGGUUCAUCGCAUCCGACCUUAUUUACUGCCCAAACGACACUGUUCAGUUUAAUUUAUUCCUGGAUCAUCCUGAUAUCCAGCACCGAACCUUCAGUGCUUUUCAGGAGGGGGGGGCUGGAGCCUAUCCCAGCUUUUCAAUGGGCACAAGGCACACAGUAAUCGCAGGGCAGACACACACACACACACCCAUUCACCUAUAGGGCAAUUCAGUGUCUCCAAUUAACCUGGCUGCGUGUUUGUACUGUGGGAGGAAACCCACACUGAUACGGGGAGAACAUGCAAACUCCACACAGAAAGGACCCGGACCGCCCCGCCUGGGGAUCGAACCCAGGACCUUCUUCCUGUGAGGCGACAGUGCUACCCACUUAGCCACCGUGCCGCUCGUUGUCCAAACAUCAAAGAGGAAAAAAAACGGCCUCCUAAUUCCACAUUACUAAUUAUGAUUGACUGCAGCUCAUGUAAAUAAGGUUAGUUCGACAUUAAAAAGAAACCUGGAACAGACCGGAAAACCCAAAGUAUCACCUCAUUCUGAGAGGAGAUUGAUCCGGACGGCAGAUCCCGGUCCAAUAACCUUCUAAAAAAAACUAAAACAAGGGAGUUGGAACACACACAGCACUGUCCACAGUUGAUGGGUUGAAAGAAGCAGCCUCCUGCACAACCAGCACAUGAAGGACGUUUGUCUUCCAGCAAUUCAGACACAGCAGAAGUAUUUUGAAUCCCAGAAUAAUAUGGAAUACGGGACACGUGUGUUACAGCAGCACUGCAUGACCUGUAACAUUAAACAUGCCUCUAAACGUG